UCAGCAGUGUAUGGAGCGGUAAUUCCUGACUGACAGAAUGAGCACGAAGGGAGGUGGAACGGCUCUGACCCGCCGCAACUACGAGCUGUCUUCAGACACCGACAAACCCAGAAACACAGGUAUCGUCAACGAGAGGCUGCUGAGUGACUACCUGCACCAUGUGUUUCCUCUGAACAAACAAGCGCCGCCACCGGCCCCGCUCAGGAAGCCUCUCAGUUUCCAGGAUCUCGGCGCUCACCUGGAGAGGCUUCUGUCUGAGGGAGAACCUGCUGACGAUGGCAAAGAUCAGUCCGUGGAGGGUCGCCUGGGCCCUCAGCCCGUCGUCCUGGAUCACACCAGUGGCUUUGAAGGACUUCUGUUUGUGGACGACGAUCUGCUGGGGGUGAUCGGCCACAGCAACUUCAGUUCUAUCAGAGCGACCACGUGCAUCUACAAAGGGAAAUGGGCCUACGAGGUUCUGAUCUCCUCUCAGGGUCUGAUGCAGAUUGGCUGGUGUACUCUCAACUGCCGCUUCAACCAGGAGGAAGGUGUUGGUGACACCCCCGACUCGUACGCUUAUGAUGGGAACAGAGUGAGGAAGUGGAACGUUACAACCACCAACUAUGGAAAGUCGUGGGCAGCCGGAGACAUCGUCAGCUGUCUCAUAGACCUGGAUGAAGGAAACAUCACCUUCUGUCUGAACGGCCAGUCUCUGGGGACGGCCUUCGUCGACAUCAAGACGGGUCCCGGCGUCGCUUACUUCCCCGCCAUCAGCCUGUCCUUCAAAGAGUCCGUGGCCUUUAACUUCGGCAGCAGGCCUCUUAGGUACCCCGUGGACGGCUACCUGCCCCUCCAGGACCCGCCGUCUGCAGACUUGGCCAGGGCUCACAAGCUGCUGGGUUACAUCAAGAACGUGCUGUCUACCUCCAUUGACAUUCAGGACGAGAGACUGCUGGAGAGGGAGUGUGCGUUGUGGAGGCUUCAUGGAGAUCCGACAGUCCUCAUCACGAUGGCCCACAUCUUCAACUACUUCGCUCCUCUCAUGUGCAAAGUGUACCUGGUGGAGGACGUGCUCAUGAGCUUCCUGCUGGGAAUCCUGGAAGGAGGCGGCUCGGUGGACGAGCAUCCGCUCAUCCAGCAGCUGCUCAACCUCUUCUGGCUGCUGAUGGAGGAACACGAGGUGAAUGAGUGUCUGAAGCAGCUGAUGAUGUCACUGCUGAGGGCGUACCGCUUCUCCCCGAUCAUCCCAGACCUGGGCUUCCAGAUUCACUACCUGCGCCUGACCACAGCCAUCCUCCGCCACGAGAAGUCCAGGAAAUACCUGCUCAACAACGUCUUGUUUGACGUCCUGCGCUCCGUGGUUUUCUUCUACAUCAAGACUCCCCUGAGAGUGAAGGAGGCGGGGCUGGAGGAGCUCAUCCCCACCACCUGGUGGCCCACGCACUUUGACAAGGAGGGUAAAGAUGAGCGCGAGCCCAGAGACGAGACUGCGGACGAGCGACUGAGGCGCCGAGCCUACGAGAGGGGCUGCCUGAGGCUCAAGAAGAGGAUUGAAGUGGUGGAAGACCUGCAGGUUCAGAUUCUGAGGCUGCUGCUCAACAACAAAGACAAGACAACGGGAGAGGCCUCUCGCUACAUCUUCCUCAACAAGUUCAGGAAGUUUCUGCAGGAGAACGCCAGCAACAGAGGGCAUCCCACAGCUCUGUGUCCUCCGGAGUACAUGGUGUGUUUCCUCCACCGCCUCAUCACCGCAGUCAGAGCCUGCUGGGACGAAGGCGGCAGGAAGACGGCAGGCAGCCUCGGCAGCGAGGAAGCUUACGUCCCCCCUCAGAUCUUCUACAACGGGAAGGUGGACUACUUUGACCUGCAGAGGCUCGGCGGACUCCUGUCCCACCUGAAGAAGACGCUCAAAGAUGAUCUGGCGACCAAAGCCAACAUCAUCAUCGACCCUGCAGAGAUCCAGGCCGCCUCCAUGGACGACCUGGACGAGGAUGAGGAGAGCGGAGCGGCUCAGAGGCCGUUCGGCGCGGCGGCGGUGGGCGGGGCUCUGGUGAGGCCCAGCUGGCUCAGCUCCCCCACUCUGGGUCGGGCCAACCGCUUCCUGAGCACGGCGGCUGUCAGCCUGAUGACGCCCAGGCGGCCGCUGGCUCAGCCGGAGAAGGUGAAGGUGCGAACCCUGGCUGUGGAGCAGCGCACCGAGGAGGACAUCGAGGGAAGCGUCGGUAACGACGGCCUGUUGCUAGGGCGACCGCAGGAGGAGCCCGACCGGCUGAUCGCAGACAAGUCCCUGCUGGAAAUCGUAGAUGGGAUUGUGAUGAUGUACAACUUGAGCGUCCACCAGCAGCUGGGCAAGAUGGUGGUGGUGGCGGACGAUGUGCAUGAGUAUGCCGUGGCUCUGAAGGACACGGAGGAGAAGAUCGCUCGAUGCCCCGCCAGACGUGCAGACAUCCUGGACGAGCUCCAGAAGAGUCAGAAGGUUUUUGCUGAGAAGCUGAACCACCUGAGCCGGAGACUGGCCUGGAUCAACGCCACCAUCUACGCCAAGGAGAAAAUGCUGGAUGUGUACUGGCUGCUGUGCGUCUGCAUUCGCACCAUCGAACACGCCGACCACACGGGUUCGCUGUUUGCCUUCACACCGGAGUUCUACCUCAAUGUGGCCAUGAACGCGUACAGCGCCCUCAAGAACUACUUCAGCCCUUCCAACAGCAUGGAGGAGCUGCCAGGCUACGAAGAAACCCUGACUCAGCUCGCUGCCAUUCUUGCAAAGCACUUUGCAGACCCACGCAUCGUUGGAACAGAUAUCAAGGACUCUCUGAUGCAGGCGCUGGCCAGCUACGUCUGCUACCCACAAUCCCUCAGGGCAGUCGAGAGGAUCCCAGACGAACAGCGGAUGGCGAUGAUGAAGAACUUGCUGGCUCCAUACGAGCAGAGACCCUGGGCUCAGACCAACUGGAUCCUGGUCCGACUGUGGAGGGGCUGUGGUUUCGGCUACAGGUACACGCGUCUACCUCACCUGCUGAAGACUAAACCCGAGGAUGCCAACCUGCCCAGCCUGCAGAGAGAUCUGUCCAUUGCUAGUUUCCAAAAGCCGUGUCCGUCAUUGCUGCUGCAGAGACACAUGGCAGCCCUGCUGACCACGGACAAAGACAUGGCUGCCUCUUUUCUCAACAGCGUCCUGAACCAGCUCAACUGGGCCUUCUCUGAGUUCAUCGGCAUGAUACAGGAGAUCCAGCAGGCUGCAGAGCGUCCAGAGAGGAACUUUGUGGACACCCGUCAGCUGAAGGUGUGUGCAACCUGCUUUGACCUGUCCGUCAGCCUGCUGCGGGUUCUGGAGAUGACAGUUACCUUAGUACCGGAGAUCUUCCUGGACUGGACCCGACCAUCUGCAGAGUUGCUGCUGCGACGCCUCGCUCAGCUGCUGAACCAGGUGUUGAACAGAGUCACUGCUGAGAAGAACCUGUUUGAUCGAGUUGUCAACCUCAGACUGCCAGGUCUGGAGAGUGUGGACCACUACCCCAUCCUGGUGGCUGUUACAGGCAUCCUGGUUCGAGUCCUGGUGGACGGAGAGAGGCAGGGGAUGUCCCGGGCCGCCUCCGUCCUCCUCUCUGAUCCGUGCUUCCAGCUUCACUCCAUCCAGCACCUGCUAGGGGAGGCGGGGGACUCCUCCGUCCCAGCUGUUGCUGCCGCUGCUGCUGCUGCUGCCGCUGCCGCCCGUCCAGCCGUGGGGUCCUUGGCGUCCACCGUGGCCCCUGCAGCCGCCGGGGGCCCAGGGGCCUCAGAGCGCAGACACUUCUCCCUGCAUGCAUAUACGGACUACAUCAGUGUGGAGGAAAAGGAGAAGGUGGAGCAGAUGUUGGCUUUCCUCACUGAGGAAUCCAAACAAGCAGCGGCCUCCACCGUGCCAACCAGCGAGGAAGACCUCUGCCCCAUCUGUUACGCCCACUCCAUCUCCGCUGUCUUCAAGCCCUGCUCACACAAGUCCUGCAAAGCUUGCAUCAACCAGCACCUGAUGAACAACAAAGACUGUUUCUUCUGCAAAGCAACCAUCACCGGGGUUGAAGACUACAGCAAGCCCGCCUCCUCCUAACAGACACACCACGACCGCCACACACAGCUUAGAUAGAACCAACGUGCAGCUGUCCACGUCAGUGAACCCAAAGAUCCUCUCAGCUGUGUUUUAUUAUGAAAUAUAUGAAACUUUCUGUCACUCAAACACAAAAAAUGUUUGAUGUUUUUUUUGUUUGCGUCAUUCAAGUGUAUUUGAGGAAGUGUGUGUGUGUGAGAGUGCGAGUGUGUGUGUUUGUGUGCGUUUACAGGUUUGUUGUUUUCAGUUGGUGUGAAACAUGUUCACGAUGUAACCUCAUUAAAUUAUUUAUCCGCAACCAAUCAGGAGGCUCCGUUUGCUCAUUUAUAUUUCAGUUUGUAUGUAAACUUAUUAAAGGAAGGGUAAAUUGUCAUGUCCUUUGAAAAUAUUUGAAAAUUUUAAAUGUAUACAGUGUGGACCAGAACAUAAGACAUUAUUUUUCCUGUGUUUACAUCUCUAAAACCUAUUUUUGGGGU